CAACUUUAUUUUAAACCUUCUCGUUCCCUCGCUCCUUUGCUAAUGAUCCCCUUUUAUACCCUGUCAGAGUUCUUUCUGUGCUCCUUCGAUACAGGGUGAUCCUGCCUUCUUCCCCAAUUAACAUUUUUUCGUUUUUGCAUACAUUUAUAGGCACAUUUCAACGCAGAAAAGUUCAAAUAUAAAAUGCAUUACAUACCCAGGUGGUUAUAGAAGUAAAGGUGUAAAAAUGUUUGAUAGAAUGAAAGUAUAAUUCGAAGUGUGUGUGAGUGUAGUGUGAAACUAUUGUACAAUUAAAUUGAAGUCAAAACAUCUUUUAGAACUAAGUGGAAAUUUGUUUAAAACUUGAAAAUGUACAAAAUUCAAUCAAAAUUGCACUACCUACGCGAGUACGAGGUUAUAUAAGUAAGGGUGUAUUUUUGGCCAUUGACACAAAGGCAAACUUACACAUAUUGAUAAAUGUUCACCACUUACUAUGUACAUCUUGGAUUAACUCUGCCUCAUAUCAAUGUACCUUGUGUUCUGUAUCUUUUGAUUUCUUCUUUCGCUCAGCUCCAACGUGGACGGACGUGUUUUGUCUGAGGUCUCUGGCUCAAGUGUUGCACUAAGCUGAAAAGUUGUCGCAAUAGACAAUUGUACCGCGAGAAAGAAUAUUAUUGGAGAAAGAUACAAACCUCCCUAAAGUUUCAAAGUGUGGUGUAAUACAAGUGCGGUGCGAACAAUUCAAAGUCAUCUAGGGUGACUACUUCAUUAGCCCAAAAACGGAGGUACAGAGGAAGUGAAUCAGAUAAUCGAAAACCUCAGCCUCAGCCUUGAUUAUUCGGCAUUAAUCGUGUUACUAACAUCGAAUUACUACUUGAUAGCAGUUAGUAGCAGCUGCCAAAAGACGCAAAUAAGAAGCAGAAAAAACGCAUAACAUUGGCUACAGGUCACCCAGUGAAACGAAAAGAACUUAAAACCUAUUCUCAUUCUCAAAUCGGUGCAGCCGUUUCGGAAGAAUUUGCACAAAAACACCACGACACCAGAAUUUUAUAUGUACAUAUAGAUAGAAGAAGAUAUCAAAGGAAGUACGGAAGAUAAACCAACCAGACUUGCAAUACACCUUCAAACGAAUUAAAAUGAGCAAAAGACCCAACAGCGACAUUACCCCUUCACAAGCACCAAAAGCACCGCGAACAAACGAUCAACCCAUGCCGCAUACAUCCAACGCAAAUCCUGUACCGGACAACGAAAGAAUCCAGUUGAAAAGAAGCAUUACAGCCACGGAACAUCAUGAACCCGUCGACAAGAAUAUAUCUUUAAAGAAACAACAUCUCUUAUCCGUCAUAGAGGUAUCGAAACCGAAAUCUACUAUACAUGGCGAAUUGUAUAACACAUAUUUGGCCAUUACGAUUAUUCUUCACCAAUUUAAAAAAUCAACUAAUUAUCGACAUGAAACAAAAACGAUCAAAACGAACAAACAAAAGAACGACUUUAUAGUUGCAGUGGAAGUAGCAGAAGCAGGAAAAUUCGACGACAUCCUGUUUUAUUUCUCAUCACCAAAAGGACUUUUCACUUUCUGCAUACAAGCGAAGCACAAACUAAAUGCUGGAAAAACAACAAGCAGUAACGUUUUUAUUAAAAAAAAUGAUCUAUGCGCCACUAGUGGUGAAUUUUCGAUUCCCAUGUACUUUUUGUCAUAUCUUAAGAUUAAUCAGAAACUAACAAAAGGUGAAUCCAAUACCCGAAAUGAUGAAUGUAUAACACGGUAUGCCAUAUGUACUAAUGCUGAUCUUCAUAAUAACGUCCAAUUCUAUUUUACGGAAAUCGGUCCGGAAGAAGAUGAUAGUUUACAAUUUUGUGAAGCUAUAGGAGCAACAUGUUAUAAAUUGCACGGUGAAAUACCCGAUCUGAACGAACAAUUAAAAAAAGUGUAUAAACAGGAACUUAACACAGAUUCGGAAUUUUAUGAGAAAAAAGACGAGUUCUUUAGUAAAUUUCUGCUUAUAUGUAACUCCAAAAAUCAAGAACAACUACGUCUACAAGCUAUGAACCUGUUGCCAGAGUGGUGUGAUAAAGAUGAAAUAAUAAUUGAUAGCUUGGUGGGUUUACUGAAUAAUAGCAUUUACAUCAAACCACGUUAUGGCGUAGACCUUGAACGUUUGCAAAAAUGGUUUUUGGAAAAUCAUCUCAACCAAAACAUCAGCGACUUGAAGCGUUUGUCAGAACAGCAUCUGGAGGCAGUACUCGAAAAACAUUGUAAUAUUGAAGUAAAGCCGGAAAGUUUGGAAAAAUUAAAGUUGUUUCAAUUUUCAAAGGAUUCGGGUUCUGGAAUUUAUGAGUUUAACAGCACGCUUGAUUUGACAGUUAGCUCUCGCAUUUUACUUCAAGCGCUAUCGCUAUUAAAAUAUGAAACAAUAUUCAUUGAUAGCACAAAGUAUGCAAAACAGCAAGAUAUGAAUGAUGUCCUCAAGGUUUUGCUGUUGUAUCUUAGAGAUGUAAAUCAUCCUACUAUCAAAGUGGUAACGAUACUAGGGAAGCAUGAUGGUAUAUUCUUUGAAGAGAUGAAGGAAUUCUUAGGAAAAUAUCGUCAAAAGAUCGUUGUUAUAGGAAAUAUUGCUGGAAGUAUACAAAAUGAAGAUAUUCCUGAUAGAAUUGUUGUGAAUGAUCUCUCAGAUAAAGCUUCGAAACAUUUUUACACGCAAGCUGAACGACCGAUUUUUGGUUCAACAACGGCAUUGAGCAGCAUUGUGGAAAAAAGCGACAAUUUAUCCUUUUUACUAAAUGUAUUGAAUCCUUGUGACCAAUUGAGAAAGAUAAUAGACCAUAAUUUAAAUGAGAUGAAUUAUAAAAGUAUUAAACACUGGUACGUUCCUCGCCAUAUUGUUCCUUAUGAGCAGUCGGGGUCGGAUUUGACUUCGGAAUGGGGGAUGAAUGAGGUUUCAUCAGAGGAGGUAGCGGCAGCUUUAGCCGCGAACGACGAAGAAUGUAUUCCACCAGAUUUUCAAGACACUGACAGAGGCAAGGUGUUUAUUUUCCUGAACGAUGCAGGAUUCGGUAAAAGCACCUACUUUACCUCGUUAGCCUAUUGUUUGUCAACUUUCGAUCCAUCUCUAUACAUUAUCAAGUUUAUCGCGAUGGAGUUUUCGACUGAUUUCAAACGGCUGAUAGAUAAUAACGUAGAAAACCUAGACGAUACAGGAAUUGUGAGGUUAUUGUAUCGAUACAUACAUUUAGCGCUGUUCGUACCGAGUAUCAACAAUCGCGACAUUAAAAAGACUGAUACUAUAAGAGAAGAGGCCGAUCAUUGUGCAAAUCUGCUGACAGUUUCAAGCGGUAAAAUAGUAUUGGAUGAAUCGAAGACUAACAUGCUCUCCAUGGAAAAACUAAUCGAAUUGCGCUUGUUCCAGGAGAAGUUUAACCUUCAAAAGAUUGUUAUUAUCCUUGAUGCGUUCGAUGAAACCGCGCCAUGGUACAAUGGUGUGGUACUAAAGUGUUUCGCUCGAUUCUCUCAUCUUGAAGGAAUCAGAUCGUUAUUCUUUUCUAGUCGGCCUUACGGCUUCGAGGAGGAAUUGAAGACAACCUUCGAACAAUGUCGAAUGUAUGGGUUAAAACCAUUUUCAGAGGAUGAUAUAAUGAUUUCCAUUCACAAAUUUCUUAAGAACAAAUUAGAUGGUUACGAGCUUUACGAAAAGGAUCAUCAAAUUGAUAUAGUCAGGGAGCUAAGUCAUAUGUUCGACCGUGUUUUGAAAGAUAUGAUAAGAAUUCCAUUGUUGCUGUACAUGGCCAAGUGUAUCUUAUUGCCCGAAAUAAAGAAGCGUGUGUAUGAAUUUACACACACAAUAUCGUAUGAAAUGUUGGACGAAACAAAGUUUGACAUACUUUAUCUGGUUGAAGAGUUCGUCGGCAGAAAGAUGAACAAUUUAUUCACAGCUAAAAAAGGUGCGACCGAUUCUGCUGCUAACGUGCCUGCAGCCAAGAAAAUCGUAGAUGGAAACAAAAAAGAAAUAAAGAAACAGCACAUUUUGUUGGCCUUGUACGUUCUUUUCGAUAAAAACGAUCUAACACAACUAUUGUCCGAGAAGGAACGGAAGCGUGCUAACGAGAUAAUGGAGGAAGUGAACCAAGGCGAUGAAAAAACAGGAAUCGUCCUUGGGGUACAAAAUGGAGUGCCUCAAUUCCUGCAUCGAACAUUUGCAGAGUAUUUCACUGCUUGCUGGUUGUUUGAAAACAGAGAACGAUUUAAAGAUAAGAGCAUUUUUCACUCACAAACGAUUUGGUCGAAUUCUUUAAGGAAAACCCGCGAAUUUUUGGACCGACUUAUACUUCGAGAAAGCGAUGGCUGUGAUUUACACUUGGCACUGGUGAACAGAUCCGAAGAACAGGUUGAAGACAUUCUGGACAAUAAUCUUUCUGCAGUUACUGUCCCGGACAUGGUUGGCCGCUUACCAUUGCAUUUUGCAGAAUAUUUGAAUUAUUUUUUUUCCGAUUCUAUAAUGAAAAGGAUUAUUUAUAAAGAAAAUAAUAACACUGAUCAGCUUUGUGGAUGGACAGCUUUAGAUUAUGCAUUUGUUCAGAACAAGAAGAGCGUUAUACAUGAGCUCUUUAAAAGUGGUGUAAAACCUAAUAUGGACAAUUUGUUAAAACAGAUCAAGUAG